AUGGAGAAAGGUCUCUUGCACGUCACGCAGCAGCAAUGUUCGCGGGAUGUUCGUGGAGGCCGGUUUUUCGCAUUGCUGGACUCAGGACACACGUGGGGUGACCGGGAGGCGAUCGCCACCUUGGUGGUCCUCCAUGGGUACGUGGAGUCAAAGAAUGCAACAAGCCCCACCAAGAGCUCACAUCCAACGACAACAACAACGGUGAAGCAAACGACAACGAAGUCGGCAACGACUGCAGCAGCAACAACGAAGAAACCGGACGACAAGCAACCGGGUAGCGACCGGGAGGCACGUGGCAAGCGAACGCUCGAGUUUGGCAACUUUGGCAAUUAUAAUUACUAUCAGAGCGUACCGGCAGCGCAUACGGCUCAGCGUCGUGUGUCACACGCUUACCAGGACCCGGGCCAGUACAAUCACUACCAGAGCAACUACAUUCAGCCGCAGUUCGCUUACCAGCACCACUCAUCGCCGUCCGGUCCUGCUGGAGCACCGGCAGGAUCUUACCAAGCGUUUGAUGGUGAUAGCAGCAACUCGAUCGGUAAUUUCCAGUCGCUGCCACAGGCGGUGCAUACGCACUACAUCGAACCACCAGAGCCGAUCAUCGAGAUCAUCAUCAAGGAAAGCAACGAUUCGCUGCCACUCGACACCCAAACCAUCCUACCGAGGCAGAAGAAAAAGAAGGAAGAGGUGCAGGUGUUCUACGUGAAGUACCACAAGGACGAAACGAACGGACAGCUUGUGCUGGACGAUCCGCUACCCGCGAUCAAGCCCAUUCCGGACGAGAGCGAAGAGGAGGAAGAUCUUUCACAAGAACCGAUCGUUGUGACGCCUAGCCCACCGUUAAAGACGACCACGCUACGCGCCAUCAUCAAUCCCGACUCGGAAAAGUACCACAGCAAUAGUGGCAUUCGCAUCUCGUUCGGUACCGAAGACAAGCACCAGGCAGGCCAUCAGUUGUCGGAGUCGGAGAGCGAGUCGGUGGCACAACCGAUCGUAGCUCUGCCGCAACACAACACGGACCAUCGCUCGAAGUCGGACGUGUUCUACCAGCAGCACCAGCAGUUUGUGCAGCAACAUAACGACCGUGCCGUUCGACAACAGUAUCCACAUCAACCGCAAUCGCCGCAACAGCCACUACCUCAGCAACCACAUCCUCAGCAUCAACAUCAUCAUCAUCAGUACAGUGUGCCGGUACAGCAACAGGCGCCACAGCCGCAGCAGCCGCAGCAGCCUCACCAGCAAUACCAAGCACACCAGUACCAGCAGGCUCAUCCGGCACAUCAUCAACAGUUGCCUCAGGCACAGCCACUCGUGCAACAACACCAAGAACAGGCAAACUUUGGACAACGCUUUGCUCCCGCAACCCCGCAGCCAUAUCGUGCACAACCACCACCACCUCCGCCACCGCCGCCGCAAUCUCAGCCCCAACCUCAGCCACAACAUCAGCAAUUCCAGCAGCAGCAGCAGCAACAACAGCAGCAUCAUCACCAACAACAUCAACACUACCAGCAGCAUUAUCAGCACCAGCCACCAGCGCAACCUCAGCCGCAGCCACAAGCACCGCGUGUAGUAUACAAUCAGGCGCAACCGCAGCCUCAACCGCAGUACCAGUUCCGUCAGCAGUUCACGCCUCAGCAGCAACCGCAGCCGCAAUAUUUCACCCAACAGGCUCCAGUUCCGCAACCUCGCCCGCAGCAGGUUCGAUUCCCUCCCGCACCAGCACCGUCUCCGCAGCAACAGCAGCAGAACUAUUACCAACCGCAGCCACAACCGCCGCAGCAGCCUCCACAUCAGCCACAAUUCCAGCGGCAAGAGUUCCAGCAACCGAAACCGAUCCCGAUUCCGCUGCACAACAUCAACCAGCAGCCCCCACUGAGGCAGCAAUAUUCUUCGCCGCCUCCGCAACCACAACAUCAGCAAGUACCGCCGCAGCCACAAUUCAACCAGCCCUUCAACAACUUCUACAAACAGCAACCUCAGUCGGUUCCGCAACCGCAGGCACAACCACAGUUCCGCAAGCCUGUUCCGCCGCAACCAUCGAGUCUCCAGCAGCCACCAUUCUUGUCGGCUCGUCCGCAAUCGCCAGCCCAGCAAGCUCCGGCAUUCCACAAUGAGCGACCGGCCUACUUCGACGUGCCCCGACCGGUGCAGGGUGGGCUAGUGCAACAAGCUGCACCCAACCUAGGGCCAACGAGAGCCCCCGAGAGACCAAAGGGCGUCCCGCAAUCAAGUCUCACCGAUAACGAGCAUCUAGCUAACCUGAAGCAUGUCCUUCCGGCCGGUGGAGAACUGGUGGCAUCGGUGUCCAAGUACGAAAAACACAUCACGGAGACCGUCAACGGACCUGCGGCUGGACAGCGGCUUACAGCAAGCUCCGCACUAAACGACCCCCUGAACCGUCCGCCGUACUACAACAUACUGCCCUCACAGGAGCUCAUUAGCCACUCGAUCGAACCUACUCUCGAGACGAUCGGAGGCAAAAACAUCGGUCCUCUCGCAUCGAACAUUGGUCCGCUACCAACUCCUCAGAAGUACGUUAGCCAGCAGGCGGCGCAGGUGAUCCCCAAUUCGGAACCGCUGAACUUUGGUGUGAAUCCACGCUUCAAUACAAACUUUGAAGGAGGCGCAUCGACGGCCCAAGGGCUUGGCAGCACGCCAUCUACGGUUGGUACUACUCGUACAACCUACUCCCCUACCUUCUCGACAACUCCGCGCACAACCGUAGGCCGUUACACGGCUCCUCCAACAACGACGACGUACCGUACGACGAGGCCUCCGACCACGGUGACUACCACCACUACGCCUCGAUCGGCAGCUGAAAGUGCUGCGGCCAACGAAAAGAAACAGAAGGCUCUCUUCGAUCUGCCUGACGAGGUGCCGGAUGAUUUGCGUGAACAGCUGCUGUCCUCGGGCAUCCUCGAGAACGCCGAUAUCAGCGUGUUGGAUUACGACAAAAUUGGUGAGACGGCGCUCGAGAACCUACCACCGGAGCAUCUGGCAAAUUUCUUCAAUGCCGGCGGCGGCUCUCAGUUGGCCGGUUCCAACAACGUGUUAUCGGUGGUGAAACCAAACGGUGACAAGUUGGCGGAGAAGUUCAUCACGAAGAACUACGAUGUGAAGGAUAAGCAACAGGAUCGUGACCGGUACGAGAUCGCGAAGUCUAAUGAGGGCGACAGCGAGGCAGUGCAGCUACCGGAAGCGGACCAGCCGACGAUUGUAACGAUGCCAGAACGCCAAAACGUCGAUCUGAAGGUUGUGCGCUUCGACUCGAACAAUCAGCGCAAUGUGACUGAUCGCUACAUUAAGCAGGAUUCGACCAUCUUGCCGUCAGUAGAUGUGACAAGUGAGGAUCAGUCAGACCAGAAUGACCAGGUGUUCAAUCGCUAUCUACCUCUCAAGAUCAAUGGAGCCCAGUUCCCCAUCCCGGAUGUAGUGGAACUGCGAGGUCGCAAGAUCGCCAGCGUUGUAGUAUUGGCUCCGGUGGACGGUGAACCUACUAAUGUGCCGAAAAGUGGUGAAAGCAGCGCCAGUGAAGAAGGCGCUUCGAACGGUGGAUUUCUGAUCAAUGCCGAGGACGAUUCCGCCACGACAGACGAGCAAAAGGAUCAGCAGCAACAGUCGCGUUUUGAGCGGGACGUGUUGUUGGAUUCUAAGAAAAUUAAGUUCAUCGCUGGCGAAGCGCUAAAGCAACUGAUCAAAAAGCCUUCUCGGGAGAACUUCCGUCGGUGGUUAGAUCGCGAGGGCAAAACCGAUGUCGAUCUGCAAAGCGUGGUGCUGUUGGUGACGAGGAACGAGAACGAUGAGCAGGAAAUCUUCAUGUACGAUAUUGCAACGAAGGGCGUGACCCAUCUGAGCGGUGAACUGUCGGCUGCAUUUGUGCAAGUAGCAGAAGAGAACGCCAAGACACAGAACUUCGACGAAGUGCCCAUCGUGGAUAGUGGUAUCGUGGAGCAGAUGGAAACCAAGUCGUCUGAAUCCAGCUUGGACUACGGUGGCGACAGUUCCUUCGCCCUGACGUCCUCCGAAGAACAGGACGAACAAGCACAGGCAUCCGAACGAAAGGCAUUCUACGUCUACCCGGAGAACUACCGGGGGUUGGAGGUGAAUUCGGGCUACAGUAACAUUAAGAAGUGA